AUGAGAUGCCCUGAUGCACUGAAGUUAGUCUACUCAGUGUAUAUGCUUGAAGGUGAAGCCGAAGAUUGGUGGACGAACACGGUGCAACCGAUGGAAGCUGAAGGCCAGGAAAUCACCUGGCGGUUGUUUGAGACUUUGUUCUUGGAUAACUACUUUCCUAGGGAGGCUAGGGAAAAGAUGCAAAAUAAGUAUAAUGACUUAAAGCAAGGAUCAAUGACAAUUGACCAAUAUUUUGCCAAGUUCAAUGAAUUGGUGAAGUAUGCUAAUUAUGAGAGAGCCUUACCCACUCCGGCCGAGAUGACCUCUAAGUUUCAAUGGGGUCUGAAUGAGAAGAUGUCUAAUUGCGAUAUCCGUGAGUUUAGCAAGUUUGUGAACCAAUGCCGGAAGGUGGAAGAAGUUUAUAGUAUGCCAAAAAGCAAGAAGUCUUCCGAGGCACAAGCAUCUGGUGCUAGUGGAGCAACUUGA